CACUCACUCGGGACGUACAGAAGCUGUUCGCUCCAUUCAAACGCUGGUUAUCAGGAUGGACUUCUACUUCCACCCCGCGUCUGCCCCGUGUCGGGCGUGUCAGCUCACGGCCAAGGCUCUGGGGGUGAAAUUCAACCCCAAGGAAGUGGACCUGAUGAAAGGGGAACAAAAUAACCCCGAGUUCCUGGCAAUCAACCCCAUGCAUUGCGUGCCAACCCUCGUUGAUGGCGAUUUCACUCUUUGGGAAAGUCGUGCCAUUUGCGCGUACCUCGUCAACCAGUAUGGAAAGGACGACAGCUUGUACCCCAAAGACCCCAAGACCCGAGCCCUGGUGGACCGAUUGAUGUACUUCGACAUGGGUACUCUCACCAAGCGCUUUGGCGACUACGCCUACCCCACGCUCCUGGAAGGAGCCCCUGUGAAACCAGAGAAGCUGGAGGCCCUGAUGGAAGCUCUGGAGUGGCUGGACAAGGACCUUGCGGGUAGAGACUAUGUAGCGGGGUCAGCCCCGACCAUCGCUGACUUCGUACUUGUGGCAUCCGUGGCCACUAUCGUUGCCUGUGGAGUGGACAUUUCUGGGGUGACUAACGUGGCGGCUUGGUACGGUAGAUGCAAGUCCAGCAUGGCAGGUUUUGAUGAGAACGAAGAUGGCGCCAAAGGAUUAGGUGACUACUUCAAGACGAAGCUUUGAAAUACUUCGAUGCUGCUAGUAAGGGGCACAGCUUUGGUUUGGAUAUGUUACAGUAUCUUAAAAUUUCCACAAGAUUCCCCCUAAUGAUGAAAUCAUUGGUAAAACUCCUAGGAUCUAUAAUCGCAAACGGUUCGUGCCACAGAGCGAAUCUUCCAUUUCCCGAUACCCUUCGCAUACGAAAUGCACGUUUGUUCAUCAUAUGCACUAUAAUAUAGAGUAUGUAUAGACGGUUAUCAGUGCUGCAUGUGAUAUCUAUUCUGCAGGCAAAGUUAAUUUCCAAAUAAGAGAAAAUUUCGAAAAACUAAUGCAGCUGCCCAAGUAAUGCAUGUCGUCCAUUUCAGUACAUUUUUUUCAGUCUAUUCAACCCACAAGAAAAUUUCAAUUUUUUCACAUGUAUUUAAAAAACAUUCUUAUUGCUUUUGAUGUGAGGCAUAUUAAUAAACUAUUGGUAAAUC